AUGGCGUCCGGUUGCCCAGGUGGGUCCAGACGGGUGCGGGGACCGGGAUACUCAGAUCCACGGAUUCUCCGAUGCAUCGGAGAGAGCAUUUGCGGCGGUUCUCUACUUGAGAGUCGUCAAGCCUUCAGGCCAAGCGGUGACAACGCUCUUGGCCGCCAAGACGAAGGUCGCACCUGUGAAGACGCAGAGUGUCCCUCGGCUGAAACUUUGCGGGGCUGUCUUGCUCACCAAGCUUUUGGACAGAGCAACGAGAGAACUCAACCUUUCGGCGAUACCCGUCUUUGCCUGGACGGACGCACAAGUCGUCCUAGCAUGGCUUCGCACGCUUCGAGAUGGAAGCCGUUCAUCGCGCACCGGGUCUCUGAAAUCCAGUCAACGCUGCCAAGCGAGUGCUGGAGCUAUGUUCAGACGGCCUCGAAUCCUGCGGAUCUGGCGACACGAGGAAUCAACCCUGCCGAACUCUUAAGUUCGGAGCUAUGGUGGCAUGGCCCGUCCUGGCUGCAACAACCACAGACGAGCUGGCCUCGUCUGGACGCACCUCAGUGCACAGCAUGGAAGGAAGAACAGAGAGCCGUAGCAGUACUCACUGCUCACGCGGACAUCGACGACGAACCUCUUUCACGCUCCCUCUCUCUCUUCCCCUCACUCUUCGCUUUGUUACGUGCAACAGCUUAUUGUUUCAGAUUUGUUCGAAACGCUAAAGGAAAGGAUCCCAAGACUUCUGGUUUUCUCACUCAGGCUGAACUGCAGGAUAGUCUAACCGCGUGGGUACGCUACGGCCAAUCGCCGUUCCACUUAGAAAGCGAAGCAUUGAGGGCGGGGCGAUCAAUCUCGGUGCGAUCGACCUUGAGGACGCUUCAGCCCUUUCUAGAUGAGAAAGGUCUACUUCGGGUCGGAGGCCGACUGCAUGCUGCCUUUCUACCAUAUGCCGAAAAGCAUCCCUUGAUUUUGCCAAAGACAGGGCGCUUUACUUGGCUCAUCGUGCAGGAUGCGCACGCGGCCACAAUGCACGGAAGUCCACAGCUAACUCGGAGUCAUCUUCUCCGCAAAUACUGGAUUGUCCAGGGUGGCUUGCUGACUCGGCGCAUCGUGCGGGAGUGCGUGCGCUGCACUUGCUUUCGACAGGAAACUGGGCAGCAGCGGAUCGGACAGUUUCCGUCGGUGAGACUUCGCCCGUCUCAACCCUUCCUUUCGUCCGGAGUGGAUUUCGCCGGACCAAUCAAGGUUCGUGCGUCGAAGGGCCCAGGUCGCACGGCAUUAAAGGGCUACAUCAGUCUCUUUAUCUGUUUGGCGACGAGAGUGAUCCACUUGGAGGCGGUCUCUGAUCUCUCGACUGAGGCCUUUAUCGCAGCAUACCAUCGCUUUACUUCGCGACGAGGUCGCUGUGCGGAGUUGAUGUCAGACAACGGCACCAACUUUCGCGGAGCAGACCAGGAACUUAGACGGAUGCUGAGGGCCGCGUCUGACGCUGGUUCGCACUUGGCGAAUGAAGGAACGACGUGGACCUUUAUCCCGCUUCACGCACCGCACUUCGGUGGAAUCUGGGAAGCGGGUGUCCGGUCAACCAAACACCAUUUAAGGCGUAUCGUCGCCGAUCACGCCCUCACUUUUGAGGAGCUCUCCACUGUGUUGUGCCAAAUAGAGGCAUGCUUAAAUUCCCGACCACUCUAUCCUCUCAGCUCCGAUCCUUCUGAUCUGACCGCCUUGACCCCUGGUCAUUUCCUAGUGGGUGAGGCUCUUACGAGCAUUCCUGAGACGAUAACUCCAGAUGAUUUGCCAGCUUCGCAUAACCGUUGGCGUCUACUCACUAAUAUGCGGGAUCAUUUUUGGCGCAGGUGGUCAAAAGAUUACCUGCAUCAUUUGCAGCAGUCAUCUAAGUGGCUGCAAACCAGGAGCAAUAUCCGAGAGGGAACCUUAGUCCUGAUCAAAGACGACCUCCUCCCCCCACAAAGUGGGCGAUGGGCAGGAUUGUCGACGUCUUUCCCGGACCCGAUGGAUUGGUGA